AAACGUACACAGUUGCUGUAGCAACCGAUGCUACUUCCGGCUAUAGCCAAGCGAUUUAAAUGUUAAACGCGGCGACAGACGGAGUAAACAAGCUUUUUGUGUGUUGUUCUAGUGAUUUGUUUUCCUUUACAAGGUAGCUCCAAAGUUAAGAUGUCGGCCAUCAGCAACCUUAUUCCUGCUCGAUUCUUAACAAUCAUCGCCCACCUUGUUAUUGUCAUCACCAUCUUUUGGACGAGAGAAUUUAAUGUGAAGGCGUGCUUGCCUUUGGAGUUCACACAAGAGCAAUACGACAGUGAGGAUUUAAAGUUGGUGGUGGCCCUGUCAGUCACACUUGUGUUAUUUGCAAUUGAGUUAGCUGGCUUCUUUUCGGGAGUGUCCAUGUUCAAUGGCAGCCAAGGCCUUCUGUCCACAGGAGCCCAUGCCUGUGGCUCAGUGGCCCUUCUUUUCUUUCUAUUUGAGCAGUUGGACUGUGCAGUCUACUGGUGGAUUGUUGCCUUCUGCAGUGUGCUGCCUGCCCUCAUGGAGAUUCUUCUGUUUAUCGCUGUUUUUGGACUUGCAAAGAAGCCGUUAUGAUGUAGAAAAUGUUGACUAGGAAUUUGUCGUGCAGUAUUCAAUUUAUCAUAGCAAAGUCUGCCUCACAGUUGAGAGGUUCUGGUUCAGAAUCUCUUCUCGGGAUGUGGAUUUUGCAAUUUGCAGACUUGCCUGGUCCCUUUUUCCUUUAUUGUUGCUUUUAACACUAUUAUAUCCUCCUGUAUGUAUGUUUUAUUUUUUAUAUUUAUUAAAUUUUCAUUGCAUAUUCUACUA